AUGUCUCAAUUUAUUAAAACAGCAACCCCUAAGAAAAUUUUUAUGGUUGAAAAAGGAUUCUAUUCAAUUAAUUUAUAGGAUGGAACUAUUGAGAAGUUAGGACCUGAAAAGAAAUGUUAUAAGUUACCCUCCUAUUCUUCUCAUACAUCUUCAAAUACAUAAAAAGAUUUAUUUUAAUCUAAAAGAUAACAAAAUUAGGAUUCCAAUCAAAGAGUAUUUAAAUUAUUUGAUUAUUAUUAGAAUAAUUAAGAAGCAAAGAAGGUUUAAGAAAAUACUAAAAAACUUAAUACAAAAAGGAAUAAUUGA